GGUCCUUAAAGUCUCGUAUCAGGUUUGCACUGUACAGUGCAAGCGACGGUUGCGCUGCCUCGUACCGACCUUCGCAGCCAGGUCCAGCAUGGAAAUCACUCUGGGGCGAUUGUUGAUCGCUUCAAUUUGUAUCUUCUCUUUCGCUGAUGUCGUCGUAGGAGAUGCUGCUUCUCUGCAGUCGAUCUUUUCCAGCAAUGCUCAAACUAGCGUGGAGACCUACUUCGCUGAUCAUCCGGGCUAUGAGAACGCCUCCAGGGCGUUCAACCUCCGCUUGCAGAUCAAGCCUGCCGCCAUCGCAUAUCCAAGUAAUGCCAAUGAAGUCUCCGAUAUAGUAAGGGCUGGCGCAUCCUUGGGCAUUCCUGUAUCCGCUCGCUCAGGUGGCCACUCCCAUGCUGCUUACGGCCUCGGCGGCGAGGAUGGCCACCUGGUAAUAGACCUGGCUCAUAUCAACACAAUCGAAGUCGACCGCUCCACGGGUGUUGCUACCAUCGGCGCAGGGAACCGGCUUGGGGAUAUCGCGGUCGAACUGUUCAACCAGGGAGGCCGCGCUUUACCGCAUGGGGUAUGCCCUCUUGUCGGUAUAGGCGGUCAUGCGAGUCACGGAGGGUAUGGGUUCAACAGUCGUCUGUGGGGACUCACCAUGGACAAUAUCGUCGGCGCUACCGUUGUUCUUGCGAAUGGAUCGGUCGUUGAGUCUUCAGCUUCACAACACUCUGACCUAUUCUGGGCCCUGCGCGGCGCGGCACCCUCCUUCGGUAUCAUCACACACUUCCUUUUUCAAACCUUUUUCGCGCCGGCACAGCCGACCUACUUCAACUACAACUGGUCCCUGCCGCUGGGCCAGGCCGUUGAAGCCAUAUCAAUGUACCAGGACUUCUGCUUCUCUCCGGCAAUACCGAAGGAGAUCGGGUUCGAACUGAACCUAUACAAGGGCAUCGAGCAAGGAGAGAUCCUGUUGAGUUUCUUGGGGUCGCACUAUGGCGACCCCGAUGAAUACGACGCCAUUGUCAGACCGUUCCUAGACGUGAUGCCCAAACAGACGUGGCCACCGCAGGUCGAAGCGACAACUUGGAUUGAGAAUAUGGAACUUCUCGCAGGACCCGGUGUACCGCUCGCGAGUACGCCGUCCCGCAAAGCAGCCAAUCACGACACGCACUACACCAAGAGCCUCACGACGCCGUCUGACGCGCCUAUGCCGCGAGAGGCCAUAGCCGCUCUGGCAAGCUGGAUGUCUUCGGAAGGGUGGAAGACCACAACGUACUGGUUUGUCCAACUAGAGCUGUACGGUGGGCACGACUCGCAGAUUGAUGCGCUACCCUCGAACGCGACGGCGUAUGCGAACAGAAACGCUCUGUGGAUCAUACAGUUCCGGGCAACGAGCCCCACUUUCCGGCCGCCCUACCCUGAGGAAGGCUUUGCGUUCGCGGACGGCCUGGUCAAUGCAGUCACAGACAACGUACCCCCUACAUACAAAUACGGCGCAUAUCCGAACUACGUUGACCCACGCUUGACGCCGAGGGAAUGGCACAAGCUCUAUUAUGGGGCCAACUAUCGCCGCCUUCGGAAGAUCAAGACGCAGGUAGACCCGGACAGUGUCUUCACCUUCCCUCAAUCAAUGUGAGAUUUAGACGUGCUUCCUGAGCUGAGCUGAAUCGAAAGUUUACAUUCUGUAGCCCUCCUUUGUGACGUCGCGACAUGCCGACAGGGCAUCCCAGCAGCUGAUGCGAGCAACUGCGGUGUGCGCUAGACCGGCCAGACCAGGCACACAUAUUGAUAAUAUGUACGCGCAAUAUCACGAGGCG